AUGCCGCGGCGCAAGAUUGGAGCCGAUCUCAAAGAAGCGCUGUGCAAGCUGUACGAAGCGGGCGACAUUAGCGCCGAUACGAUCGAGAAGCACGGUAUCAUGUCCAGGGCCACGUUCUUCCGCAAUCUAAAGAUGUACAAGACAGGAGCGAGUCUCGAACAGCGAUACAGCACCGGCCGCAAAACCAACGCGGACAAACUCAAGCAGCAGGAGAAGCAACAGCUCGAUGCGCUUCAUCCACCGCACCUCUCCCAUCUCGAAGUGGUGCUGCUUCUCGAAGACAACGAGGCGAACGAUAUGGUGUCAGCAGCAGCGCGGAAUAAGCGCAAGGCAAAGGGCGGCGGGGGAUCAUCAAAAAGGAAGGAUGCUCCAAGACCUUCGACCAGUGAAGCGGUAAAUGUCGACACAACACACACAGGAGAGGAUUUGACGUCCGAGAGCGAUGGCGACGAUGACGAGAUUCCUCCAUCCGCAAGCCAGUUGGCUGAUACCCAGCUUUUGCAAGCUGUCCGCUCCUUUCUGGCGUCAUCGGAAAAUGUCAGCUCCGCCGAUCUUGACUCGCUGUCUGCGCCCGGGGACAGCCACUAUUCCCACAGAAACCGAGGCGCCCUCUUCAUUGUGAGGCGGAGGGUAGAGAACAGAAAACAAGGUGCUGCUCCGGAGGUUAUCGCUGCGGCGGCGCUUCGCUCGCUCAUCUGGACGCCAGAGGUCUACCAAGCCCUGGGCUCCAGCUACGCCAACCGCAGCAUCGACAAGAUCUGCAAUCUGGCCCGAUUGCACGUGGAUCCGGCAUGGCGACGCAAUGGCAUCGGUCGAUGGCUUGUCCGAAUCGCCGAGCUGAAAGCGUCCAAGCUUGGCUUUUCUCAACUCUACACGCAAACGAACACCGACAACGUCCAGCUGCUACCGUUCUGGCUGGCCACCGGCUUCAACGAGUUCGCUCGCAUGGAGCGUGUGGCCAGGCUUGAAAAGACGAUAAUUGCUUCGAUCAACCCUUCAACCGCGACUGACGCCUUGAAGCGCCCAGGUCACCCGGCGCCCCAUCUGCCGCAAAUGAAUGGUGCUCAUGAGGCGUCGAGGUCCGCCCCGGAUUCAAAAAGGCGGCGUACCAGCGUUGCUGGAGAUGCGAGCUCAGCUAACUCCGCUUGGCCUCCCACUUUUCCGCAGGCAUUGCAACUUGACCCUGGCAUCCCAUUAGACCCGUCGAUCGACCUGUCAAGCCCCUCGCAACCAUCAUUGCCGGCAAGGGCAGCAGAUCCUGGUGCUCUUAGGACCGCGGCACUAUCCACCCCGACGCAAUCAUCCGCCGAGACCGCCGCUGACUCUUUGGACGUGACAACAUCGGCUUUUCCCCGCGCAGACGUCGAAACAAGACCAACAGGCGAUCCUACCCUGCCCCUCCAAACCUCGCAGGCUCAAUCACACACGUCCAGCGACCCGCCGCUGCGGACGAUAGCUUUUCACGACUCGAGCUCGAUGACCAGCCAACCACCAUAUCGAGCAUAA